AGCUAUAAAGCCAGGCAAUAGAAGGGUAGUUUGCACAAUGUCGACCGCUUCCAUUAACGGCUGGUGCUUAACCCCUCUUUCCCCUUCUCAAUCUUCUCUCCGCUCACACCGCCCCACCUUCUUUGCUCGCCUUGCGCCCUCUUCUUCUUCUUCGCCUUCUCUUCCUAGCCUUAUUCGGAACGAUCCUGUUUUUGCUGUCCCUGCUCCUAUCAUCAACCCUUCUCGUUUGAGAGAAGAUAUGGGAAAGGAAGCAUAUGACGAGGCCAUCGAAGCUCUCAAGAAACUCCUCAUUGAGAAGGAAGAGCUGAAAACUGUAGCAGCAGCAAAAGUGGAGCAAAUAACAGCUGAGUUACAGACAUCCUCCUCCGACACCAAACCAUUCAAUCCAGUUGACAGAAUGAAAGAAGGCUUCAUUUACUUCAAGAAGGAAAAAUAUGACAAGAAUCCAGCUUUAUACAGUGAGCUUGCUAAAGGCCAAAGCCCCAAGUUCAUGGUAUUUGCAUGCUCAGACUCGAGAGUAUGCCCAUCUCAUGUGCUGGAUUUCCAACCAGGAGAGGCGUUUGUGGUCCGAAAUGUAGCCAACAUGGUCCCUCCAUAUGAUCAGACUAGAUACUCUGGAUUUGGAGCAUCAGUUGAAUAUGCAUUUCUCCAUCUCAAGGUGGAAAACAUAGUGGUGAUAGGCCACAUUGCUUGUGGUGGUAUCAAAGGCCUCAUGUCCUUCACUUAUGAUGGAACCUACUCUACUGAUUUCAUAGAAGACUGGGUGAAGAUCGGUCUACCUGCCAAGACCAAAGUGCUGGCUGAAAAUGGCAGCGCAGCCUUCCCAGAUCAAUGUACAACUUGUGAAAAGGAAGCAGUUAAUGUGUCAUUAGGGAAUCUGUUAACUUACCCAUUUGUAAGAGAUGGAUUGGUAAAGAAGACACUGGCAUUAAAGGGAGGAUACUAUGACUUUGUGAAGGGCAGUUUUGAGCUUUGGGGUCUGGAGUUUGGCCUCUCUCCUCCUCUCUCCGUAUGAGACUACACCUGUCAUCAGCUUGCUUCACCUAUAUAAUUAUAUGUUAAAGAUGUGGCCACCAUACUACAUUGGAAGCUCUAGGGGCCUUUAAGACUACAUCACUGUAAAGAUGCAGUGUCUAUCAUCAGACCUUCAUCAUUAAACUAUAUAUAUAUAUAUAUAAUGCAAUCAACUACUGGGUUUUGUACACAACUCUUCUUUUCAACAAUUGGGAUCUUCUUCUCUUGGGACUCUA